AUGCAGUUGCCCCUGUUUUUCAGUCGGCGGUCUCUGACCGUCGCCACUUUUUGCGGUCUGCUUUGGUCAGGCGUAUCCCCGGAUCCGGUUGAGGGCGGGCCUCAUGGAAGCGGCGUUCUGUCUAAACUUCGGCCUCCUUCAUUUUCCCUGAUCGCAUCACCGCUUUCUGAGGGCAGUCACAAAAACACAACAUAUCCCAGUGGAAUCAAGACGGUGUCAAGGGACGAGUUCCUUCGCUUGUUCGUUGAAACAUUCCAGCGAGAGUUUAAGGCUGAAGAAGGAGGUCUCCCAGGGCUGUUUAUGGAGGUGGCAUUCGAGCCAGCUCUGAACCGGUCAGCUUCAGUCAACUCUUUGAAAAAGCAGAUGCGAGCUUUCGCAGAUCUGAUGGGCGUGGAUGGCCUCAGUUCCGAGGACGAGCGCCUGAAAACAAUACUAGAAGUCUUUUCGUCGUACCCCGUGACACAGCAAGGACAAUCUGCUUGA